AUGACAUCUCCUUACACUCUUGAUCGAGAUGCCGCGGUUUACUGGGCGAAAUACUACCGCCAAGGCUUAGCGACUGCCCCAGCGACAGUCAUUGCUAUCUGCGCCGGCUCGCCUUUCGAGAAUGCCAAAGUUCGCAUGCAGUCGAAAUACUUCCCUUCAGCUCUCGACGCUACCAAGUACAUGUACAGAACAGAGGGCUUACGCGGUUUCUGGGUUGGAACUUGGGCUCCUCUGGCGUCGUUGACUGUGACUAGAACAAUCUCGUUCAGCAUCUACCGGCGAGCGAAGUAUCAGCUUGACUCGAUGAUCGAGUCUGUCACCGGAUCGUCCCCAUUACAACACGUCAACAGAGUUGGCAGCUACCCAAACCUCUCCACUGUGGUCUGCUUCACGGGAUCCGGUAUGAUUGCAGGCGCCGCACUGGUUCCGUUCCUCACUCCGAUCGAGCUGAUCAAGAACUGCACGCAAUCAUCUGUUCUCAUGGCAGCAUCCACGAAGACCGAUCCGAAGACGAAGAAUGCUGGAAGGGUUUCGUCCGCUGCUGCAGCUCGUCAGAUCAUACGCGAGAGAGGAUUCCUCGGUCUAUUCACUGGCUUCCGCUUGCACUUCUAUCGCGAUGUCGCUGGGACCGGGUUGUACUUUGGCAUCUAUGAAACGUUGAAACAGACCAUCAACUCAGCCUACGGCGCGGACAAAGUCAAUGCUCCAGGAGCUGUCAUGUUUGCAGGUGCAGCCUGCGGAGUACUAUCGUGGACCAUGACCUACCCGCUCGAUUCGAUGAAAACCCAGGCCCAGAAUCGGCUCGUCGGAGAAGGUGCAAAGAGAUCUAUGGCUGAGGCAGCGUCGGCCGAGCUGCGCAAGACACCUGCAAGAUCGUUCUCGAAGUGGAAGGGACUGGAAAUGGUCAUACUUCGAUCUGCGUUGCAGAACAUGAUUCAGAUGUCGCUGUUCGAGUACUUGAAGGAGCGUAUAGAUGCGCUGGCCUUCAGUAACGGAAGUAGGACGUUACCAGAGAUUGAACGAGAACUUGGACGAGAUCAGAGGAGGAAGCAUGAGCUUAAGGAGCAGUCCAAAUGA